AUGAAUCACGGUAAGCAAUCUAUUCAAACAUUUAAUUUGGUUGAAGUCCAGCCUAUGACCGGCAUGGAAGAUAAACAAGAAGAUAUGGAUGUGCAACAAAAGGACGAUUCAUAUCCUCCUGGUCAUGGUAUUCUGAAAAAUAUUGGACCAAUUUCGGCAACCAAUACUCACCCAACAAUAGCAAAAGAGAAAUAUUUAUCAUUUGAAAAUAUUGAAAAUUUUGCUUCGACUGACAAUGUUAUGAAUUCAUAUCGUGAUGGAACAGCUUCAGUUAGUAGAGGUCUGCAAACAGAUAUUAGAAGUAAUUCGGUAAUUGAUUGGGUUUUAAAAGCGCAACAACCAUCGUCGACUAGUGGUGAAAGUGUUUUCCGGUCAGAACCGCCUGAUGAUUUAUCGUCGGAAAAAGAUCGUGUACGAGUUAUUGUUAGAGUUCGUCCAAUGAAUACACGUGAGGUAGAUAAAGGUGAUCGGCCUAUAUUAACAUGCGAUACAGAAACUUCAAUUCUGGAUUCACGAUCACAUUUUCGGAGUUAA